CUUAACUUCCUAUAAAAUCAUGUUAGAGCUUCUGCGCGUUUCCCUUGUUCUCUUUGAGCCAAUUGAGUGCAAUUAUCUGAGCCAGUGACAUUGAAGGACUACUACAGAAAAAGCUAUUUCGUUUUAUGAGUAUUUUCUUUUUGGGUGGUUGGAGAAGUUGAUUGUUUCUGAGGAUGAUAAUGGAUUCUUAUAGAGAAGGUUCAUCGUCAUCUUAUUACAACAUUCUUGGUGUUAGUUCUGAUUCUUCCAUCGAUGAAAUAAGGCGUGCUUAUAGGAAGCUUGCAAUGAUGGAACAUUAUGUUCUAAAUGUGAGGUGCGUGUUUCUGAAUCAAAUACAGCAAUGGCAUCCAGAUAGGUGGACAAGAACCCCUUCUUUACUAGAUGAAGCCAACCGCAAAUUCCAACAAAUUCAAGAAGCUUAUUCAGUGUUAUCUGACCACAAGAAAAGAACCAUGUACGAUGCUGGCUUGUAUGAUCCUCAAGAAGAAGAGGAUGAGGGAUUUUCUGAUUUUGUGGAAGAAAUGGUGUCCCUUAUGGCUCAAGUGAGGAAAGAGGGAAAGGAUUAUGGUUUGGAGGAGUUGCAGUCUAUGUUCAUGGAAAUGGUUGAAGGAUUCGAGUAUCCUUCAAUGUACUGUGGGGCACCUUCGGGGAUUGAUGAAUCCCGGUGCUUAAAGAGGAUGCGUUUUGACACAACCGUGAUGGAAGAUAAAGGGUCACAUUUUCAAGUACCUGGCUUUAACUUGUAUGAAACAAGGGGUUAUUGUAAUUAACUACUGCAUUGUGUUGCUGAUUGUUCCAGGAAAAUCCUAAUUUGCACAGAAGGAUUUUCAUUGAAGUUGCACCAAUAGCCGAGAAGUGACAAUGUAUAAUAAGUGGUCUUUUAAUAUUUUGACCACUUAUCUCUUGUGUAUCUCUUCUAUUGUAGUCAAGUUUGUGAAAUAUUCACAGUAUUAGAUAGCAGUGGUCUUUCUCAAUUUUUGUUAUUGUAAAUGAUAUCUUCCUAUGAGGAAGAGAGGGUGGAAGACUAUGGUUUUGUCUUUGGUAUUUGUGCUCACUUAGGUAAGGAUUACAGGAUUUUCAGGCUGAGAGUGAUUGAGUGACACAGGAUUGUUCACUUGUGUUUUUGUAUUUGCUUGACAAAUGUUAUUCUCAUUGUGUAAUUCACUCUACCUCUAUAUAAAA